GAAAUACUACCAUAAAACUAGCUCGUUGAAGGCAGAAUCAAAAACGGUUGCCCAAAAACUAAAAACUAAAAACAUAACCAAACGGUCCAAAGACCAAAUUCCAAAUCAAACCUCCGUCUUUGUUCUCAGAGUCAAACGCAAGAAAAUUAAGAGUAGUUGUGAACAUGGGCAUUCUCCUACAGCUUUUGUUAUGCCUGAUUAUACCCAUUUGUUAUGCCCAACAUCAACACCAAACAUCCUCCUCCUCUUCGCGUAGAACAGUUAUAGAUGUAAAACACGGUCCGGAUUCAGUUGUAUGGGCUGUUCAACUCUCUGAUCUCCAUUUCAGUGUUCACCAUCCUCAGAGAGCCAUCGACUUUCGGAACCUUGUUCCUCCUGCUCUUUCCAUGAUUAACCCUUCUCUUGUCCUCAUCACUGGUGAUCUUACAGAUGGGAAAAGCAAGGAUUUGUUAGUAAUGAAGCAAAAUGAAGAGGAAUGGGUAGAAUACAAGAAUGUAAUGGAAGAUGUUGUGAAAAGAAGUGGACUCGAUAAGAACAUCUUCUAUGAUCUUAGAGGGAAUCAUGAUAAUUUUGGCGUACCAGUGAUUGGUAACUCAUUAGAUUUCUACUCAAAGUAUAGCAUCAAUGGGCAAUUGGGAAGGAGUGGACAUGUAAAUGGUGUCACACUCACUCUUCAGGCUGGUAAGCAGAAGCAUCUGUUCGUGGGGUUGGACAGCACCAUGUCUGUUGGGUUACGAGGUCCGACUAAUCUUUUUGGGCAUCCAACUGACCAACUCUUGGCUGAAGUAGAUUUGGAGCUAUCGCAAUGGGACUCUCAACCACUUAAACCAGUAAGCAAGAUAUCUUUUGGACAUUUCCCUCUUUCAUUUUCAGCAUCCUCUCAAUCUGGGAAGACCCUGAAAGAUAUUUUCCUAAAGCAUUCCCUUUCUGCUUACGUAUGUGGGCAUCUUCAUUCAAGAUUUGGAAAGAACUUAAAGAGGUACCACUUGUCAAGUCAUAGAUUUUUAUCUUCUCAGAAGUUUUUCCAGUUUAAUUUAAAUCAAAAUCCUUCAGAAGGCAGUAAGAAUUGUUCAUUUGGAGCUCCUCCGGUUCAAGAAUUUUGGGAAUGGGAAAUGGGUGACUGGAGGAAGACUAGAGCCAUGCGAAUCUUGGCCAUUGAUAGAGGUCAUGUUUCGUUUGCUGAUAUUGACUUUCAGUCAGGGUCCAAAAAGACUAUUAUAUUACCCACAUUUCCACUUGACUCACGUUUCAUGUCAACAUCUUCAUCGCACCACGAGUACGAAUGUGAACAUAUGCUCCCUUCAUCUUAUGAGACAGUGAGAGCUCUUGUGUUUUCUGUUUCUCCAAUUGUGUCAGUUGUAGCUAGAAUCUACGAUACAAGAUAUGGAAAUCUUGACAUUGUUGUGGAUGCACCAAUGACCAAUCUUGGAGAUGCGUCCUCUAGGGGAGAUCUUUAUGCAGUUCCUUGGAACUAUAAGGCAUUCCAAGACCCAUCUGCUGAUAGAUUCUGGCUGCAAAUAGAAGCAACUGAUAUCAUGGGCCGGACAACUAUAACUGAACUAAGACCGUUUUCUGUAAAUGGGCUUCAUGGUAAGGUAUCGUGGACUUGGAAGGAGUUUUUUGUCAUGGGUUGUCAAUGGGAAGCCUUGUAUUACCCAAUUCUUUGGGUGUCUCUGUACUUUCUACUCUUAAUCCUCCUUAUCCCUAGAGCUUUUCUCUUUUUCUCUAGGAAACAAAUAACUUACAAGAAUGUUCUUGCUUCAAAAGGCUUCAUAAGUGGCGUAGGAUUGGUUUUGCAAGAGCUCUGCAAUGUUCCUAUAGCAUGGUUUGGUUUCCUGGGAUAUUUAUUCUACCUGAUUAUGUUUCCCUGGUUUACUGGACAAGUUUUUACUGAUGGUGAAGAUAAGGGAUACAUGACAUACAUGGGCUGGGUAGUGAAAUUUUCUGAUAAUAAGAGCAACCAUGAUUAUAUUGGAUCUCCUGAUGUCAUGGUAGUUGUUCUUCCUCAUCUCAUCUUUGUGGUCUUGCCGGCUAUUUUAUCCUCUGGAGCUCUGGCAGCUGAGAGAGUUGUCCAUAGAGGCAAGUUUCUAUCAGUUUCAGGAAAGAAAAAGGAUGACUACAGCGGACUGGAUCAGAGAUCUGUUAGGUAUGAUUCCCGAGGCAAUAGAAGAUCAAAAUUCCAUUUUGGUGGGCACUGGAUUCGGUUAAUUCUAUUGGUUCUUUGCUUGGUUAUCUGUUGGAAGCAUUUCAAGAAUUGCAGAGCCCUGAUGAAAGCUUAUGAGAUGAAUCCAUUGCUCCAUUUUCCGGUGUAUACUCUUGGGAUUCCACUAUUGUUGGUUUAUGUUAUCCACAAAACUAAGAGGAAUUAACAAGUACAUCUGCUGCUUGCAGAUGUUCAACGCUUCCGCUGAAAGUACAUCGAAAGGAUCUCGAAGAUGGUUACACCAUUAACCUGUUGAAAACUCAGCUGAAGACACCUGGUUUAGUUGAAAACGUAGUUUUAGCCUGUUAGCUACGGUAAAUACUAACUGGCAAUUAACAAGGGAAGCUUUUGGAAGAUGUAUUCUCUUUGGAUAUUGGACCUUUCUGUUCUGAUUACGAUUUUGCCAUGUACCAGAAUUGACGAUAAACAAAUGUGGUACCUGAAGGCCUCUUGAUAGUAGGACUACAUAAGGUUCAACUUGAUUCUGAAAAAGAAAACGAAAUGGAAGAGAUAAAAAAAAUAGGAACAAAUUUCAAAAUUACACAUAAAAUUUGAUUUAUGUGCAAUGUAAUGUCUUUUGAUUUGGUGUAAUUAUGAAAAUAAAAAGUUUAUAUAAAUCUAAUUAUAAAAUAAA